UACGCGUUCAGUGUCGGAGGGUUGCGACUGUGGCCAGCAGAGCAGUGUUCCAGAACUGCGGCCAGACUACACGGCAUAUUUGGAAAGGAGAGAAUUUGCCGUAAGGGGCGCGCAGGAGGAGCCCAGAUUCAAAUCGCCGUGACUACCACUCGAUGAGCUCACCUAUAUGCACGCACUCGCUGGUCUGUCCGCCUCUGCGAAACCCGCACGCUCCACUCCGCGCUUCGUUCGUCUUUUCUGCCUGCGCGCGUGUCGCUCCUUCCCGCCGAGGCUCGCGUCUAACGGCCGGCGCAGCGAGGAGGAUUCAAAAUUCGCUCAAAAUUCGCGCGUGUCGGAGGAGAGCCCUAGUCGCUCGCGCCUGGCGUGCUUCUCAACGGUCGGAGCGAUGCUGGAGGAAUGUUCAUUACCGCUGAAUGAAUAGACGACCCCGGGUUAGCGGUAUGGAGAAAAGAAAAGGUCGUCCCCUUCCUCCCACACCAUCGUCCAGCCUACUCACACCCGCUACUCCUACCCCAUCUGGCCCCCACAACCCCACCGCCCCCUCCAUCAGGGAGUGCCAGAUGCCCCUGCUGGACAGCGGCUCCCCCCACGCCAUGCUGGAGCCCCCUCCUGACGAUGAGUUCUCCCCCAACUCCUACCUGCUCCGUGCCUGCAACCCCUCAGCUCAGCCCCCUGCUGCCGGUCCCUCCAGUCAUCAUGGUCAGUCCACUCCACGGCCCCCUCUCCCCCCUCCACACAGCCACCACCAGUCCUCGGCAAACUCUCUGAACCGCAGCACCCAUGCCAGCCGCCGCAAUCCCCAGAGCCACGCGCCCACCUCUGCCCCCGUCGAAGGCCCCUCCACGCCAGAGUCCGUGCAGCUCCAGGAAGGCUGGGCCCUCAACAGCAGUGUGCCACUGGAGACACGGCACUUCCUGUUCAAGACGCCUUCGGGGACCACACCCCUCUUCAGCAGCUCCUCCCCCGGCUACCCGCUGGCCGGCGGCUCUGUGUACUCGCCCCCGCCGCGUCUCCUGCCGCGCAACACCUUCUCACGCAGCUCCUUCAAGCUGAAGAAGCCCUCCAAGUACUGCAGCUGGAAGUGCGCUGCCCUGGUGGCCAUCGGCGCUGCCGUGCUGCUGGCCGUGCUGCUCUCCUACUUCAUAGCUCUCAAUCUGCUUGGGCUGAAUUGGCGUCUGAAGCCUACAGAUGGGCACCUUGUCAGUACUGGCCUCAGUACGGGCAUCCCUGGCACCGGCGACGUGGCAACAGUGCCCUCCGGAGGCAGAGGCCCAUGGCUGCUGAGGAACAGCAGUAUAAACAGUGGUGAGCUGGAGGUGGGCCGACGUGUCAGUCAGGAGGUUCCCCCUGGCGUGUUCUGGCGCUCGCUGCUGCACCUGCGCCAGCCUCACUUCCUCAAGUUCAACAUCUCCCUGGGCAAGGACGCCCUGUUCGGGGUCUACAUGCGCAAGGGCCUGCCCCCCUCCCACGCCCAGUAUGACUAUAUGGAGCGGCUGGAUGGGAAGGAGAAGUGGAGCGUGGUGGAGUCUCCACGGGAACGCCGCAGCAUCCAGACGGUAGUGCAAAACGAGGCCAUCUUCGUGCAGUACCUGGACCCCGGCACGUGGCACCUGGCCUUCUACAAUGACGGCAAGGAGAAGGAGCCUGUUUCCUUCAGCACCAUGGCCCUGGACUCCGUGCAAGAGUGCCCCCAGAAUUGCCAUGGCAACGGAGAGUGCACGUCAGGAGUGUGCCACUGCUUCCCCGGUUUCCACGGCAUGGACUGCUCCAAAGCCGCCUGCCCCGUGCUGUGCAGCGGCAACGGGCAAUACAGCAAGGGCGUGUGCAUGUGCUACAGUGGCUGGAAGGGGCUGGAGUGCGACGUGCCCGCCGGCCAGUGUGUCGACCCCGAGUGCAGUGGGCGUGGCACCUGCAGCCUGGGCACCUGCACGUGCACCGCCGGCUACCGUGGAGACAGCUGCGAGGAAGUGGACUGUCUGGACCCCAUGUGUUCGGGUCAUGGCACGUGUGUGGCAGGCCAGUGCCACUGUAAGCCCGGCUGGGCGGGCUCCCUGUGUGACCUUCCCAGAGCACAGUGCCCAGAGCAGUGUCACGGGCACGGAGUCUACAGCGCAGACACUGGCCUCUGUACCUGUGAGCCCAACUGGAUGGGCCCUGACUGCUCCACAGAGGUGUGUUCUGCGGACUGCGGGAGCCACGGGGUGUGUGUUGGCGGUGUGUGUCACUGUGAGGAGGGCUGGGCAGGUACUGGAUGUGACCAGAGGCUGUGUAACCCGCAGUGUGUGAAGCACGGCACCUGCAGGGACGGCAAGUGCCAGUGUGAGCAAGGCUGGAACGGAGAGCACUGCACCAUCGAUGGGUGUCCAGGGCUGUGCAAUGGUAACGGGCAGUGCAUUAUGGGGCAAAACAGCUGGCACUGCGAAUGCCACACUGGCUGGAGGGGGCUGGGUUGCAGCGUUGCCAUGGAGAUCUCCUGCGACGACAACAAGGACAAUGAAGGAGAUGGCCUCGUGGACUGCAUGGACCCAGACUGCUGCACCCAGAGCCCUUGUCUGACCAAUCCGCUGUGCCGUGGGUCACGUGACCCGCUAUUAAUCAUCCAGCAGAGCCAAUCGGCUGGCCAGAAAGUUAGCUCCUUUUAUGACAGAAUCAAGGUGCUUGUGGGAAGAGACAGUACUCAUGUCAUACCGGGAAGUAAUCCAUUUAAUGGCAGCCUUGCGUCUCUAAUUCGUGGGCAGGUCCUAACAGCUGAUGGAACUCCCCUGGUAGGGGUCAACGUGAGCUUUGUGAAGUAUCCACAUUAUGGCUAUACCAUGACCCGUCAGGACGGAACGUUCGACCUGGUGGCCAACGGCGGUACGGCCAUGACGCUUCGCUUCGAACGUGCUCCGUUCCUGAGCCAGGAGCGCACUGUGUGGUUGCCAUGGAACCGCUUCUACGCAAUGGACACGUUGGUGCUCCGCACGGAGGAAAACACCAUCCCAGGCUGCGACCUGAGCGGCUCCGUCAGGCCCGACCCCACCAUCGUGCCCUCCCCCCUCUCCUCCUUCUUCAGCUCUAACCCGGCCGACAGGCACAUCAUCCCCGAGAGCCAGGUUCUCCAUGAACAAAUCGAGGUCCCAAGCACCACUCUGAGCCUGUGCUACUUGAGCUCCAGGGCGUCAGGCUACCGCGCCCUGCUCAAGGUGAUCAUGACCCCGGUACUGGUGCCUCUCAGCCUGGCCAAGGUGCACCUGAUGGUGGCCGUGGAGGGCCACCUCUUCCAGAAGUGGUUCCACGCCUCACCCAACCUGGCCUACACCUACAUCUGGGACAAGACAGAUGCCUAUGGCCAGAGAGUGUACGGUCUGGCUGAGGCUGUGGUGUCUGUGGGGUAUGAGUAUGAAACAUGUCCCACUCAGAUUCUCUGGGAGAAGAGGACAGCCGUGCUGCAGGGUUAUGAGCUGAGCCCCUCCAACCUGGGCGGAUGGUCACUGGACAAACACCACACCCUCAAUGUCCGCCAUGGUAUCCUGCACAAGGGCAGCGGGGAGAACGUGUUCAUCUCAGAGCAGCAGCCCCCGGUCAUCAGCACGGUGCUGGGUAACGGGAGGAGACGCAGCAUCUCCUGCCCCAGCUGCAGCGGCCUGGCCGAGGGCAACAAGCUGCUGGCACCCGUGGCCCUGGCCUGCGAUGGCGAGGGCAGUCUCUAUGUGGGGGACCUCAACUUCAUCAGGAGGGUGUACCCCUCCCUCAACACCACCGCCAUCCUUGAGCUUCGGAAUAAAGAUUUGAGACACAGCAACAGCCCAAGUCAUAAGUACUACCUGGCAGCAGAUCCGGUCUCGGGCGCCCUGUUUCUGUCCGACACCAACUCCCGGCAGAUCUACCGAGUGCGCUCGCUGAGCGGGGCACGCCCCCUGCUGGACAAUGCUCAGGUGGUGGCUGGCACGGGCGAACAGUGCGUGCCCUUCGACGAGGCCCGCUGCGGCGACGGCGGCAAGGCUGUGGAGGCCACCCUGAUGAGCCCCAGAGGCAUUGCGGUGGAUAAGAAUGGGCUCAUGUACUUUGUGGAUGCCACCAUGAUCCGUAAGGUGGAUCAGAAUGGCAUCAUCUCCACACUGAUCAAGACCAACGACCUGACUGCAGUCCGGCCCCUCAGCUGUGACUCCGGCAUGGACGUCAGCCAGGUGCGUCUGGAGUGGCCCACAGACCUGGCCGUCAACCCCAUGGACAACUCCCUCUAUGUGCUGGAGAACAACGUCAUCCUGCGCAUCACCGAGAACCACCAGGUCAGCAUCAUCGCCGGGCGGCCCAUGCACUGCCAGGUUCCGGGCAUCGACUACUCGCUCAGCCGGCUGGCCAUCCACUCCGCGCUGGAGAGCGCCACGGCCAUCGCCAUCUCGCACGCCGGCGUGCUCUACAUUGCUGAGACGGAUGAGAAGCGCAUCAACCGCGUGCGGCAGGUGAGCGCCAGCGGCGAGAUCUCGCUGCUGGCCGGCGCCACCUCCGACUGCGACUGUAAGAACGACGUGAACUGCAACUGUUUCGCUGGCGAUGACGGCUAUGCCGCCGACGCCAGCCUCAACUCACCCGCCUCACUGGCCGUGGCUCCUGACGGCACGCUCUACGUAGCCGACCUCAACAACAUCCGUGUGCGCGCAAUCCGCAGCAACCGGCCCAACGCCACUGCCACCGGCCUCUACGAGGUGGGCUCGGCCCUGGACCAGGAGCUGUACGUGUUUGGCGAGGACGGCCUGCACCGGCAGACGGUCAGCCUCGUCACGGGCCUGCCUCUCUACAACUUUAGCUAUGGCAUGGACGGCGAGCUGGCGUCCGUCACUGACAAUGCCAACAACACGCUGAAGGUCCGCAGGGAGGCGGGCGGCGCAGUGCGGCUCGUGCUGCUGCCCGAGAACCAGGUGGUCACCCUGGGCGUGGAUGCAGCCGGCAGCCUGCGCUCCGUUUCCGCCCUCAACCAGGAGGUGGCGCUGCUCAGCUAUGCCGCCAGCACCGAGCUUCUGGCCUCCAAAACCGAUGAGACUGGCUGGACCAACUUCUAUGAGUAUGACAGUGAGGGUCGUCUGUCUAAUGUUUCGUACCCCACCGGCAUGGUAACCAGCCUGCGGCGCGAGAUGGAGCACUCCAUCAACAUCGACAUGGAGAGCUCCAACAGGGAUGAUGACGUCACUGUCAUCACCAAUCUGUCCUCAGUGGAGGCAUCCUAUACUGUAGUUCAAGACCAAGUGCGGAACAGCUAUCAGAUGUACCACAACGGCACUCUGCGCGUCUCCUACGCCAAUGGCAUGGGGAUCAGCUUCCACACGGAGCCUCAUGUCCUAGCGGGCUCAGUCAGCCCCACCAUCGGAAGGCGCAACAUCUCCCUGCCCACAGACAGCGGCCUUAACUCCAUCGAGUGGAGGAUGAGGAAGGAACUGACCAAGGGCAAGGUUACCGUGUUCGGGAGGAAGCUGCGUGCCCAUGGCAGGAACCUGCUCUCCAUCGAUUAUGACCGGAACACGAGGACAGAGAAGGUGUACGACGACCACCGCAAGUUCACGCUGCGCAUCAUCUACGACGCACAGGGCCGGCCGGCCACCUGGCUGCCCAGCAGCAGCCUGGCCCUGGUCAACGUGUCCUACUCGCCCUCUGGACGCCUGCUGGGCCUGCAGAGGGGCAGCAUGAGCGAGAAGAGCGAGAUGGACACCUUCGGCCGCAUCCUCUCCCGCACCUUCGUGGAUGGGAAGGUGUGGACGUUCAGCUACCCGGAGAAGUCUGUGGUGUUGCUGCUGCAGCAGAGUCAAAAGCAGUACGUGUUUGACUUUGACACCUCGGGACGCAUCACCGCCGUCACCAUGCCCAGCAUGGCGCGCCACACCAUGUCCACCCACGUGUCCGUGGGCUACAUCCGCAACACCUACAACCCUCCCGAGAGCAAUGCCACUGUCAUCCACGACUUCAGUGAGGACAGCCGGCCUCGGGCUACGUUCUACCUGGGCACGGGACGCCGUGUGCUCUACAAGUAUGGUAAGCUGGCCAAGCUCUCCGAGGUGCUGUACGACUCCACCUCCGUCAGCUUCGGCUAUGACGAGACGGCCGGUGUGCUCAAAAUGGUCAACCUGCAGAGCGGUGGCUUUUCCUGCACCAUCCGUUACCGCAAGCUCGGCCCCCUGGUGGACAAGCAGAUGUAUCGCUUCUCGGAGGAGGGCAUGGUCAACGCCCGCUUCGAUUACACCUAUCACGACAACAGCUUCCGGGUCGCCAGCAUUAAGCCGGUGAUCGGAGAGACGCCACUGCCCGUGGACCUCUACCGCUACGACGAAAUCUCGGGCAAGGUGGAGCACUUUGGGAAGUUUGGCAUCAUCUACUACGACAUCAACCAGAUUAUCACCACGGCGGUGAUGACGCUGAGCAAGCACUUCGACGCGCACGGGCGCAUCAAGGAGGUGCAGUACGAGAUCUUCCGCUCGCUCAUGUACUGGAUGACGGUGCAGUACGAUGGCAUGGGCCGUGUGAUCAAGCGCGAGCUGAAGAUCGGCCCCUAUGCCAACACCACGCAGUACCGCUACGAGUACGACGGUGACGGGCAGCUCAGCGGCGUCAAGGUCAACGAUUGGUCCACGUGGCGCUACAGCUAUGACCUGAACGGCAACCUGCACCUGCUGAACCCGGGCAACAGUGCCCGCCUGCUCCCCCUGCGCUACGACCUGCGCGAUCGCAUCACACGCCUGGGCGACGUGCAGUACCGACUGGACGAAGACGGCGUGCUGUGUCAGCGCGGCUCCGACGUCUUCCAGUACAACUCCAACGGGCUCCUGGAGAGGGCGUACAGCCGCACGGCCGAGGGCUGGAGCGUGCGCUACCGCUACGACGGCCUGGGCCGCCGUGUGGCGCGCCGCACCGCCUCCGGUGACCACCAGCAGUACUUCUACGCCGACCUCAACUACCCGGCGCGCGUCACCCACAUCUUCAACCAUUCGCGCGGCGAAAUCACCUCGCUCUACUACGACCUGCAGGGCCACCUCUUCGCCAUGGAGGUGAGCGGCGGCGAGGAGUACUACAUCGCCUCGGACAACACAGGGACGCCGCUGGCCAUCUUCAGCAGCAACGGGCAGAUGGUGAAACAGCUACAAUACACGGCCUAUGGCGAGAUCUACUACGACUCCAACCCUGACCUCCAGCUCGCCCUGGGCUUCCACGGUGGCCUCUACGACCCGCUAACCAAGCUGGUGCACUUCGGUCAGAGGGACUACGACGUGCUGGCCGGACGCUGGACGGCGCCCGACCACACACUAUGGCCCAAGAUAGGCAAGGAGCCAGCGCCUUUCAACCUGUACAUGUUCAAGAACAACAAUCCUCUCAGUGAUAUGAUUGAUGUGAAAAACUAUGUGACAGAUGUGAAGAGUUGGCUGGUCAUGUUCGGUUUCCAGCUCAGCAACAUCAUACCUGGGUUUCCCAGACACCCUUUGUACUUUGUUGACCCUCCAUAUGAACUACUCACCAGUCAGGACUGUGACAAUGCCCAGCUGUUCACUGGAGUGCAGCAUUCAGUGGAGCGGCACAACCAGGCCUUCAUGGCCCUGGAGGGACGACUGCUCAACAAGCAGCGGCGGCUUAAGCGAGACAAACCGGGCUAUUGGUUUGGCACCAGCACCCCCAUCGUGGGUAAGGGCAUGAUGCUCGCCAUCAGGGAGGGUCACGUGAUGACGUCGGUGUCCAGCAUGGCAGGCGAGGACAGUCGCAAGAUUGCACAGGUCCUCAGCAACACCCUCUACCUGCAGGGUACGCACUACACUAUCGACGGGCGCGACUGGCACUUUUUUGUGAAGCUAGGCCUGGCCGACGGCGACCUGCUCGCCCUGGGCCUCAGCAGUGGCCGCAAAACGCUGGAGAGCGGUGUCAACGUGACGGUCAGCGGCCGGUCGCGCAGGGGCGUGACCGUGGAGUUCCACACGCACACGCUGGUCUUCAGCGUCCGCUAUGGGCUCACGGUGGAGGUGCUGGAGAAGGAGCGUGGCCGCGUGCUGGAGCAGGCCCACCAGAGGGCGCUGGCAGGAGCCUGGGCCAGGGAGCAGCAGCGGGUGCAGGAGGGCAGGGACGGUGGCCGCGUGUGGACCGAGAGCGAGAAACAGCAGCUGCUGGCCAUGGGGAAGGUCCCAGGCUACGAGGGUUACUACGUGCUGCCGGUGGAGCAGUAUCCUGAACUGGCAGACAGUAGCACUAACAUCCAGUUCCUCAAACAGAACGACAUGGGAAAGAGGUAACAGAGCCAGCAUGCCCCCGCCACACCCCUUCUCCCACGGAGAGACCCAGGCCAGAGAGCGCUGCCGACACCACUCACAAAGACUUCAUCCACAUGGAGGAAUUACAGCUGGCAGGAGUGCAUUCUGGACUGGGAAAUCAUUGUAACAACACAAACUCUAUGUCUUUUUCUUUUUGUAAGUCUUCUUGUAAAGGCUUUACAGGAAAUGGCUGAUAUUUUAGGCCAUUGCGAGUGUAAAUUACAGCAUCUGCGUGAGGGCCAAGUGAUGGUUCACUGCCUGGAUUUUUGGACCUCCAUAUGAAGACCCCUUUUGAAAACUACCAGCUAAAGAAACACGCCCAAACCAUUAGUCACCAUCUCAGGCCUCCCAGUCCGUUGAUGAUUCUUAAACAGCGAUCGCUUGUCAAAUAUAUGUCUCCCUGGACAACAAACCUCACAGGAUUUGAACAUGUUCAAAGACAACUUUAGAUGUUUCUCAUUUCAACCUCUUGUCCCACACACAACUUAGAUACUUAAUGUACUGUAUGUAGAUUUGACUUGUGCCGUGUGGAGCUAGUUCGAAGAGCUCUUCAUCAACACACGCCUUUGAGGUGCCCGUCAGUUGUAGCUCUUGCGAUCUCUGUCCUUUUCCGUUUGCACUAUAUGACAAUCAGGAGGAGAUGGACAUCAUAGCCGCCCUAGAAACAGAACAUGAAUCUCCCCGAAGGUCGAUCACUUUUAUUUACCCUUUGUAUAAUAUGUAUGGAAAAUCCAUUCAGAUUUUUUUAUUAAAUUUAAGUUGCAGCCAAGCAAAGGAAUUACAGAAAAGUAAUAUAUGUUGUCUUUUGAAAUUGUUUAUACUUUAAAUUAAGUCAAUUGAAACUGUGAAACACAUUGUGCUUAUACUGUAUUUAAAACUUUGUCAUUAAUUAGGACUGGAUUAAAAUCCAACAUGUACAUUUAUUUAAGGACGUGACUGAUCAUUACCUUUGGCAGAAGUCCGUGGCACAGGAAGAACCCCGUGGUGACAGGCUCAUGUGACCUGAGUGUUCAGAACUCAAACGUCCAUAGACUGUUUUUUUUUUCUAAUGAAGUUCUGUUGUUGUGGCUGUGACAGAAUCUCUCCUCGUUCACUGUGAAGCAGCACAGUGUGGAUGUUAAGGUACGCGAAAAGCUAGUGCAAAAUCCCAACCGGACACUCUAGGGCCGACAUUCUUUGGGAGUUUUCUGAAAAUAAACAGUUCCAUUUUUACACUUUGA